AACAACACACUUGAACACUUCUUUCGAAAUCUUUCUCUAUCUCUAAAUAUGAAGCUCUCUAUGCGUUUGAUCUCGGCUGUUCUCAUCAUGUUCAUGGUAUUCGUCGCCACUGGGAUGGGUCCAGUCACUGUGGAGGCACGUACGUGUGAGUCACAGAGCCAUAGGUUCAAGGGUACAUGCGUGAGUGAAUCAAACUGCGCCAACGUGUGCCACAACGAAGGCUUUAUGGGAGGUAACUGCCGUGGAUUCCGUCGUCGUUGCUUCUGCACCAGACAUUGCUGAUCUAUCCAUUCUCAUAAGUCAUAACUCAAGCUUUGAUCCAUCGUCGUGUGUCACUUCUUUCUUAUCUAAUCUUCCGUACAGUACUAUGAAGUACCGUACAUGAGUGUGUUCUCGAAUAAAUCUUUGGUGUUUUGUGUGUUUCCUAUUUUAAUGUAAUGUUAAAUCAACUAAUGGCUUUGAGCCUUUGACUAGUAAUAAUCAAAAUCUAUGUUCUGA